AUGUACACUAAAGAUUUUGAACCUUACACAUAUCCACUAAAUAGAAAUCCUCGUAAUAAUUUUAACAUUAAGAACAAAUCAAAAUGGUUUAUAAAUAACAAUUCUAAUAUUCUCAUAAAACCCAAAUCAAAAAACAAAAAAAACAGCACUAAAUGGAGAAGAAUGUUGAAUGAUUACUCGCAGAAUACGACUUUACAUGGAUUAAGAUAUGCUGGAAAUAAUGAAUUAAGUGCAAGUGAAAGGUGUUUUUGGAUAAUAUCUUUUGGUUUAGCAGUUAUCACGGCAGUUUAUUUUAUUUUCAACUUGUUCCAUAAAUGGCAAGACAUGCCUGUAAUUAUAAGUCUAUCACCAAAAGCAACCAAGCUUACAAGUAUACCAUUUCCCGCCAUUACCAUAUGUAACAUGAACAACGCAAGAAAAUCUGUAGCUCGAAAUAUUUUAGAAACAUCCUCAAAACUCGAAAGCAAUAUCGACCGACGUCUGUUAAGUGAUUUCUGUGACGAAGAUCCAUUAUCAAUUGAUUCCACCAUUGACAAUUAUACAGGAGAUUGGGAAUCAUUAAAAAAAUUUAUGAUUAGAGUAUCUCAACCUUGUCAUGAAAUGAUCGUAUCAUGUCUAUGGGCAAACAACCCUAAAGUCUGUUCAGAACUAUUCAAUCCUUCAUUAACAGACGAAGGUAUAUGUUGUUCAUUCAAUAAAGUAAAACCUGAUUAUAUAUAUCGGAACCCAAGAGAUUUAACAGAUUUAAAUAUUACGUUUCCAAAUCCGUCUGCAAAUUGGACUCCUGAAAAUGGAUACCCCCCGAAUACGCCUGCUGAAUAUACACCCUGGAGGCCCUGGGGCGCCGGCAAUCAUCUAGGAUUAACUCUUGUUUUGGAUGCUGAAAUAGAGGAAUAUUAUUGUUCAUCAGAAGUCAGCUAUGGAUUCAAAGUAAUGUUACACAGUCCUGUAGAAAAUCCAAAAAUAUCAUCAUUUGGUAGUUUAAUAUCGCCAGGAAGAGAAACAUCAUUGGAAAUCCACCCUACUGUAGGGAUGGCUACACCAACAUUAGAUGAGAUAGAAAAAGAAAAACGUCAAUGUGUGUAUUCAGCGGAAAAACGAUUGAGAUUCUAUAAAACUUAUACUCAGCGGAACUGUAUACUAGAAUGCGAAGCUAAUUUUACAUUAACAUUUUGUCAAUGCGUCAUGUAUUAUAUGCCAAAAGACAGUUUCUCAAGAAUUUGCGGGAAAAAGGAUGAAGAAUGUUCGAAUAAAGCUAAGUUGGCGAUAGAACUACGAUAUAGUUCACCGUUAUCGAAUAUUAGUCAAUUACUGAAUGGAACAUAUUUACCGAAUUGCACUUGUCUACCUGGAUGUCAUUGGAUUGGAUAUAAUAAAGUACAUUCGUCAUCACCUUUGGCUAAUAGUUAUAAAAUCAAACAAACAUUUUUAGCUGGAAGAACUUCCACUUAUUUUAAAAAAAAUAUGGCUGUAAUUCACUUUUUCUUUGAAGAAACCCAAUUUACUGGUUUUACAAAAGGGGAGUUGUUUGGAUUUACAGAAUUCUUAUCUAACACAGGAGGACUUUUAGGAUUGUUCAUGGGUUUUAGCUUUCUCAGUGCAAUUGAAGUAAUAUAUUUUAUUUCUUUGCGUUUAUGGUGCGCAAUGUCCAAUAAAAAGAAAAUAACAGAUAGAAAACAAUCUAAAUAA